AUGGACGCUGAAAACCGGGUGGUGCUGAAUGUUGGAGGGAUUCGCCACGAAACGUACAAAGCAACCUUAAAAAAAAUACCCGCCACGCGUCUCUCAAGAUUGACUGAAGCUUUGGCUAAUUACGACCCGGUUUUGAACGAGUAUUUUUUCGACAGGCAUCCAGGAGUCUUUGCUCAAGUAUUAAAUUAUUACAGAACUGGUAAAUUGCAUUAUCCUUCCGAUGUUUGUGGUCCUUUGUUUGAAGAAGAACUAGAAUUUUGGGGCCUUGACGCAAAUCAGGUGGAACCUUGCUGUUGGAUGACUUAUACACAGCACAGGGACACCCAAGAAACAUUAGCUGUCUUAGAUAGGUUAGAUUUAGAUACGGAAAAACCGAGCGACGAAGAAAUAGCUAGGAAGUUUGGUUUUGAAGACGACUACUUCAAAGGGACGUUGUCGUGGUGGCAGCACACCAAACCGAAACUGUGGUCGUUGUUCGACGAGCCUUAUUCGUCCACGGCGGCAAAAGUAAUUGGAGUGCUGUCGGUGUUUUUUAUUUGCGUCUCGAUACUUUCAUUUUGCCUUAAAACACAUCCAGAUAUGAAAGUACCGGUGAUUGUACUACGAGGGAACAAUACUGCCUUCGCGAUAGACAAAGAAGAUACAGAUGCGCACAUUGCCUUCUUUUACAUUGAAUGUAUCUGUAAUGCCUGGUUUACCUUUGAAAUUCUUAUUAGGUUCAUCGCCAGUCCAAAUAAAUGCGAAUUUAUUCAAUCUUCGGUCAAUAUCAUCGACUACAUAGCCACAGUGAGCUUCUACAUCGACUUGAUGCUCCAAAGAUUUGCCUCCCACUUGGAGAACGCUGACAUAAUGGAAUUUUUCUCCAUUAUCCGUAUCAUGAGGCUAUUCAAACUUACAAGACACUCGUCGGGAUUGAAGAUCCUUAUCCAAACGUUCAGAGCAUCAGCGAAAGAACUUACAUUGUUGGUGUUUUUCUUAGUUUUGGGUAUAGUUAUAUUUGCGAGUUUGGUAUACUACGCUGAGCGUAUCCAAACGAAUCCAAAUAACGACUUCAAAAGUAUACCACUGGGAUUAUGGUGGGCCCUAGUAACGAUGACCACAGUAGGCUAUGGCGAUAUGGUGCCUAAAACCUACAUUGGUAUGUUUGUAGGUGCACUGUGUGCUCUGGCUGGUGUACUUACGAUCGCUUUGCCAGUGCCAGUCAUAGUUUCAAAUUUUGCCAUGUAUUACAGUCACACACAGGCUAGGGCAAAAUUACCAAAGAAAAGACGGCGAGUCCUACCGGUGGAACCUACUAGAGGACCUCGGAUACCUGGUCCUGUAGGGGCUGCUACGGGUCUGUCUAACGCGACGGGGCCUGUAGCAGCCCAGAACAGAAGAGUAAACGCAGUUAAGGCCAACCAUCCCUGCAGAGAAAAUUUGCUGGGUGCUCCUGUACCUAAAAUGGGUCUACUAGGGGUAACGUCCUCCCUCAACCCAAACGGGGUUGGUCUCGAAUCAAAUCCAGCAUUUUUAAUGGCGAGACCCCUGUGUGACACGAGCCCAAACAGCUCUGCGACGCCGCAGGAUACCAAGGUGACCCUGGCGCAAGAUUCUGGACAGUGUCAUACCACUACAGUCAAGACUUAGCAGACUAUAGUGCCGACUAGCAAAAGAAUAGAAGAAAAUCAUCCUAUGCGAUAUUAAUAGGAAAAAGAGUUUAUAUAUGCUACUAGGGUUUCCGGUUGUGUUUCGGAACCAGAAAUUUCGAUACCGUGCCUCUA